ACGUGUCGGUGACGAAUAGCGUGAUCAUUGAUGUUGUGAAAUAACGAAUACAUUAUUUAAUUACGAGAGACAAUGGAAGCGUUAAUUGUGCAGUACGAUCGUUUUGAGAAGAGAAUAAUGCAGAAUGUCGAGCGCAAUGGCAUACAACAUCGGUCUAAAGCAAGCACUGGAUUAUGGCUGGGCACUUUAGUCGGCCUAAGCGCAGCUGUCACGAUAUUGAAGGAGGAGAAUAGUUACUCUGAGAUAUGUCUGUUUGUAGGAACUACUGGUUUCAGCCUUGUUCUCUGUUCUGUUUGUCUUUACGUGCGACUUUCCAUGCAGCAAGUCACAGCGAAAGAUUUUCACGCUAUAUAUUUUUUGCCAGCUAUUGUAAUGUCCAUAUAUCUACUUGCAGCUAACAAAGGAUUAUUAACGAGUGUCACAUGGGGCUUAACUGUGGGCAGUUUGGGCACAUGGGGUGUCCUGCAACUAAUGUCAGCUUUCCCGCAUUGCUUCACAAUGGGAGAAGCAACGGCAAUUAUGCAUAGUUUUAUUUUGUUUUUGAUGUCAGCUGUCACAAACUUACCCCUGCGAUAUCAUUUGCCCCCGAUUCAUGAUAACGACAUCAGCACAGCUUUGUUACAGGUUGGAAUAUUGUAUGUAGUGUCAGUAUGUCUCCUGUGUGGAUAUUUUCCUGUCCUGCAUAGCGCAAAAUACUUUUACUUAAUGACAGUCAGCCUCCUGUGUUUCAUAACUCUUCCAAUACUUUAUAUUAUUCUCGAUCAGAAUCCAGUAAUGUGGAUAAUUUCUUUUGUUUUUAGUAGUCCUAAACGGGUUGCAUUAGUUAUUUAUUGGGCGAUAUGUGUCGUGUUAAGUAUUUUCAUCAUAAUAUGCCAAAUUUCAUCAAAGUCUCAAGCCACAACUUCAACCAGAAAGAAUUUUCACAUCUUGGCUGUAUUUGUAUAUAUCCCUGGUAUGAUAUACGAUACUCCGAUGUUGUAUCUUGCUAGUGGUGUGAUAUUUGCGCUGUGUGUUGCUCUCGAGGUGAUCAGAUUUUUGAAAGUACCACCUCUGGGGAAAGUUUUGCAAGAGGGAUUCGUUGUAUUCGUCGAUGAGAAGGACUUUUUGCUCUCUUUAACACCUUUGUACCUAAUAUGCGGUCUAUCGUUUCCACUCUGGAUGCCAACCAGUAAUUUGACAUUGCUAGCGUUAUUGAGCGGCGUGUUGACAAUAGGAAUAGGCGACUCAGCAGCAAGCUUGAUCGGCAGCAAAUGGGGUUCGCACAAAUGGGUGGACACAAACAAAACCAUCGAGGGCACCGUUGCAUGCGUGUUUUCUCAAGUUUGCGUAAUAUUCGCUCUAACCUGCUGUGGUUUCAUGGAUAGUUAUUGGUUAUUGCUCAGAAGCGUGUUGACGGCUGUAGUGAUUGCGUUGAUCGAGGCACGCACAGAUCAGGUAGACAAUUUGGCUCUACCGUUGUUGAUGUACGUGUGUUUAAUGUUAUAAACAUAUACGUCAUUUUCCCAAGUUCGAUAAUGACUCGGUAACUUGAAUUAGUUUGCUAAGAAGCCAUGGCAAUCGUAUUGCAGUCAUUUUGUAGUAGAGUUUUAAUUACUUUCCGUAUUAGGAGAAACAUAUACAAGUGACUUUUUGCGGAUCGCUUAAUAUUCUUUAGCACGCUGUUGAAAAAUGUGCAAAUUAUAUUUUGACUGAUAUACACACACAAUCGUAUAUUAAGAUGCUGUUCUGCGCACAGAUAACUUAUCGUAAUCGAAAAUCGUGAAGGGUUUUGAGCGUUAUCGUUAAUUAGCGUGGUGAUCGCUAAAUGUCGUGAACGAUUGGCAUUACUUGUUAGAAAUACAAACAAAUGAAAAUGCAGUCAUAAAUGUGAUUAAGCUAAGUGAUAAUGAUGUACAAAUGUCCAUACAUAUGAGUCAAGCGCGGUGUUAUGUAUAUAUCAAUGUAAUAUAUAUAUAUAAUUUAUAUAUUUAUCCAAAGAUUUCUGAACCAUACAAUGUGCAAAGAACUGCAUUAUAUUAAAUAUUAUCGACCUAAUUGUGAAUACGUGGACCGACGAAGGCGGGUGUUGUAUGUCGCAUUUAAGCUUCACUAAUAUACACUUGCUAUUGUAAUAUUUUAAGGUUUAUGAGACACCGAUAAAUGUGCCUGACCUAUUUCGCCCAUUCCCAACAAAGCAUUCUCUUGUACGCUAGCUUUGUGAAUUUUUUGACAAAGUUGUUAAUGUGAAUAAAGUAUUUUUCUAAUUAUGUAA